AAUAACUGAUACAUUCUUCUAAAAAGUAAAGAGAAGGUAAUACGUCUCUGGCAAUUUACCUAAUGUCAUAGGUUUUAGAAGAAAAAGAGAGGCCUUUUUCAGGGCCAUAAAAACCCUAAAAAAGAAAUGAAAAAGUCAGAAGAUGGGGCAUUUGUGCUUAUGAAAAUGACAUUUUAUACAGUAAAAAGUGCCAAGAUCAUUGAUAAAUCACCAACACAAACCAUUUUCAAAUGAUCUGCAGUCCUAAUAAGAGGUUUGAAACUAAUGAAUGACGAGAUGUUCUCUGAAACUGGUUCUGAAAGUGAGGUAGUUCAUUCAUCUAACAAGCGAAAAAGAGGACGUCGGAAGGCCAAGUCUGUUGCUAAGCGUGCACAAGAAUCCGAUAGCGAAGCAAAUGAUGAAGAGUUGCACAAAGUAUAUCCAACACGUCAAGCUAUACAAAGUAUGCGUUUGCAAGGUUCCAGCAAAAAGAAAGAAUCAAGUCCUGAUUCUGCAAGUGAAGAUUCUCUAAGUUUAUCAAAAUCUAACUCUUCCAGUAGAUCAAAAAAGAAUUUCAGGAACUACAAAGAAAGUAAACAAGAUGCAUCUGAUGAUGGAUGUGGUAGAAAAAGUAAUAGCAAAAGCGAAAGUUCAAAGUGGAAAAGAGAAAGAGAAUUUACAAGUGAUUCUGCUAGUGACACUCAGGGAUCUGUUCGUAGCAAGCGUUCCAGAGGACCAAAAAAGCGUGGUCGUGCUAGAGCUGUAUCUGAAAAUAAAUGCCCAGCAACUGAUUCAGAAGUUAAAGAAGAAAAAGAACCAAAAUGCCCAGUACCUGGAUGUAACUCUGAGGGGCAUCUAAGUGGAAAGUAUCCAUCUCAUUUCACAGUGACAACUUGUCCUCUGUAUCACAAUACCACUGCAAAUGCAUGUGAGAACUUGUACCAUUUGAGAAUGCAGCGCAGAGUUGAAAGGCAACAAAGUGCAGAACAGAGUGCACUAAACAAAUUUGGUCUGCGUAAAGUUGGGCCUAGUCCAGAGCAGAAAGAACAGUACAGAUUGAUCCAGGAGCAGAGGAGAAAAUCAUUCAAUCCCAAGGUGAAGCAAAAUGGGGCCUUUUCUGAUAAAGAAGUAAAAAAAGUUGAUGAUAAAAGUAGAGAACCACCAUUAAAUAAUUUAGCUCCUUUAUAUGACAUUGAAUUGUUUAAAGAAGCACAAGCUUGUGCUGCAGAAGAUUUUGAAGAAAUGCUUCAACAACAUAAGAAUAAAAAUGAUAAGAUACAUACUCUUGAAAUGGGGAGGUAUGAAAUGGAUGUCUGGUAUACUGCACCUUAUCCUGAAGAGUACCAGACUUUACCAAAGUUGUAUAUUUGUGAAUUCUGCUUGAAAUAUAUGAGCAGUCCAACAGUUUUGCGAAGACAUCUUGCAAAAUGUAUAUGGCGUUAUCCACCAGGUGACGAAAUAUAUAGGAAGGGAAAUAUUUCAUUUUUUGAAGUGGACGGACAGAAGAACAAAACAUACUGUCAGAAUUUAUGCUUGCUCGCUAAGCUUUUUUUGGAUCAUAAAACAUUAUACUUUGAUGUUGAACCUUUUCUUUUUUAUGUAAUGACUGAAGCUGACAAUGAAGGAGCACAUAUAAUUGGAUAUUUCUCGAAAGAAAAAAAUUCCUUUUUAAAUUACAAUGUAUCUUGUAUUUUAACACUUCCUCCUUAUCAACGACAGGGUUAUGGUCGUAUGCUCAUCGAUUUUAGUUACUUACUCAGCAAAGUUGAAGAAAAAGUGGGUUCUCCUGAAAAACCUCUUUCUGAUUUGGGUUUAAUUUCAUAUCGAAGUUAUUGGAAAAGUAUUCUCUUAGAAUAUUUAAGCAACUAUGAAGGAAAAGGAAUAUCUAUAAAAGAUCUUAGUCAAGAAACAGCUAUAACUGCAUAUGAUAUUGUAAGUACAUUACAAGCUUUAGGUUUGUUAAAAUACUGGAAGGGAAAGCAUAUUGUGUUGAAACGACGAGAAGUGAUUAAUGAUUAUAUUGCUAAAGCCAAAAAACGUCGUCCAGAUAAAGUAAUUGACAGAGAGUAUCUUCGUUGGGUUCCGCAUACUGUGAAUAGUAAUUCAGUUGAUCAUUAAGCUGAUACUUCUGUAACUGCAUUACACUAACAUUACAAUUUUUUCACAUGUUUGUUAUUCAUUGAUAAAGGUUUGCUGGUUAUAUACUUAUAAAGUUUUAAGAACUUCAAAGGGAAAAAAUUACUGAAGAUGGGUUAUGCAAGUUUUUAUCAAAGAAAGUAACUUUGGAUUUUAUUUUGUAUAUAUUUCAGUAAGAGAUUACAACUAUACUAGUUAUUAACUUUUUACUCUUUUAAUUUAUCUGUUUCAAUAGUGCAUAAUCAUGACAUAUUUUAUUUUUUAUGUAUAUUUUAUACUGUUUAUUAAUUAAAUGAAUUUAAAAAUCAUGCAUAAAUAUAUAAUGUUUUAAACACCCUAAAUUAAUUUUGCAUAUCAUAAUAAUUUAUAAAAUGUAGUUGUUAUAUAUAUGAACAAGUUAUUAUAUUACCAAUGAAUUAUGAUUAAAUUGAACUUCCCCCCCCCCUUUUUUUAAGUCAGAACAACAGAAAGAAAAAUUCAUUCCUGCCUCACUUUUCAUUGUCUCCUAAGUACUUUUUGAUGGAGUUACUUUUUUUAUUAAUAUAGAUAUGUUUUGUUUCUCAAGCAUUAUUUUUGUAGUUUUUAUACAAUAUGUAUGCUGAAUGACCAAAACAUUAGAACUCACCUAAUAGUUACACUUCUAGCUGAAUGAGACCCUUUAGAUGCAAGAGUAUUUGCAAGUCUUGCUGUUGCAUCAUCUUCCUCAACUCUAUCCUAAUAUCAAUCUCAGAUUCCUGGAUCUGAUAUUUUAUUUGGUUUUAUGCAGGUUCAUAUAGUUGAUCCUCACUUCACAAUCUGCUAGAGCUUAGAUGUUCUUUGAGUUAUGCUUGGAUUAGUGGUAAAUCUCAUAAGAAGGUACAAUUUACUAAAAAAAAUUUCCCUCAUACUACACAUGAUCGUAUUUCCAAUGACAAAGCUUUUUGUUCAUCACACAGUUGUUCCUCUCUUGGCUGAGAUUAGCUUGGUAGUAUGGAUUUAUGGCAUUGCUAGGCUAAUGCUAUGUCUGUAUCUUUCCAUCGAUCUGAUGCAGAUGGAAUGAAGCUAAAAUUAAUUUCACAUCCACAUUAACAUUCAUAGCUAGGAUCAAAGUAUAACCUAUUCAUGUUCCACCAAAUUCUAGCUUUAGUUAAGUAUGAAUCAUGUUAAAAUUUUUGUGGUUUUUUUAUGCUGAUUUCAGUCAACAUUGUGAGCAAGAGGUGGCCCCAUUUGGGCUUUACAUGUUGGUAUGCCCAAAGCUCUUCCGGCUUUACCACCGAAGUCUUGGUUUCUCAUCAUAUUUAUCAUAUCUUCCAGUUUUUAAGUUCUACCCUUUAUUAAGGAAAAUGUUUCCCAACAAUAAAUGAAAUUUAUUUUAUUUAUUGAAUUAAUGAAACUUAAAUUAGGCAAAUUCCAUUCUCCCAUCUCUAGUGAUUUUUUUAAAAAUAUAUAAAAUUGUACUUAAUCUGAAUUUUAUUUUUUCUUAUUACAUUUUAUUAUUUUAUUAAAUUUCAUUUGAUCUGAGUUGUCCUAAAUCUGAGUUGUCUUAAUCUAUUUGUAGUUUUUAUUUGAAAAUUCAAGGAAUUCUUAAUCGGUUGAUAUUUAAUUAUGUUUAAUUCAAUAUUUUUUAUAUUGCCAAGUUUAUCCACAUGAAUAACUAUGUACAUUAAUUAUUAAUUUUAUUUUCAUUCUAUUUAAAAGUACUUAUACUCAUAAAAGCUUUCCUUGACUACUUGAGGUUUUCUCAGUGUAAAUGUGUAAGAAAAUUAAAAAAUGAAAUUAGCCAAGGAACAUAAAAUUUAGAAUAUCCAAUGAAAUGCUAAUAUGUUUCACAUCAGAAUUGAAUUACAAAUAGUUCAUUGACCUAAACCAUGCAUUCACUUUAUAAAAUGAGUUAAAGUCCAUUUGGAAUUAACUUUGAAAUAAUGUCACCGCACAUCGUGAAAACAUGCUUAUUCCUUCCUUUUAAGAUUUCAAGGCAGCCAUGGUAUGCCCAUUGAUGGUACAGAUGUGGUAGACUUAAUCCUGUUAUUCUUAGGAAUUGUAAGGAUUGUUACAACUUCAGGAGAAAAAUGGCAUGCAUAUUUGGUACUACAGUACAAAGUCUUUAAUCCGGACGUCCAUAAUCCAGAAUGAUCUAUAAUACAGACCUCAAAGCUACAAACUUUCUGCGCAUGCGUAAAUACAUUUACGCAUGCGCGUUUAAUGUAUAAC